AUGGUGGCCUCUAGAACUCACAGAGCGCUGGCCUUGAUACUCAUUGCACUCCUUUGUCAGCAACGGGGAGCUAUUGCGUGGGGCGAGUCCGAGGGCUCAAAGGACAGUAUUUUCGGUGGCUAUUCCGGUGGCUACUCCAGUGGAUACAGUAGCAACUCUGGACAGACUCAGCUAGUUGGAUACGGCCAAGGAAGCACUGCGGACUACGUCGCUGCUGGUGGAAAGAUCCCUACUGUACCCACCACGCCCACGACUCCUAGUGGCGGCAACAAUGGAGGCAACAACGGGGGCAAUGGAGGAGGAUCAGGCGGUGGAGGCGGUGGAGGAGGCGGUGGAGGAGGCGCAACUUCUCUUGGGGGAACAUUUACGAGUGUGAGAGAUCCGAUCAUGACGGGAUUUGACGGCCGCCCAUUCGAGUUCAUGGGUGUGCCCAAUACCUACUACAGCAUCAUCUCUGAAAGGCAUCACAAGGUGUCGACCAAGCUCAAGGUGGGAGUCAUGUGGGACCACAAUGGAACGUACAUGGAGGGCAUCGGCUUCCAGUACAAGGACCACCAGGUCAUCGUUGAAAUCUCACCCGAGGGCAACCUCACAGUGAGCGUGGAUGGCGAGGAGCUGGUGAUGGAUGUGUUUGAGAACGAGGUUGAGGUGAUUCCCUAUGUGGAGCGCGGAGAGAUGCUCGUGCUGUGGCAGCUGCACCACGAGGGCCUCGGCAACGCUGUCACUAUCACCACUGAGCUGCUGGAGCUGAUUGUGUGGUUGACGCCUGCCGGCACCGAGGACGAGGGCGGAGUGAAGCAGCCGGCCUACCUCAACUUUGACACCGCCCUCCUCGGCCCACCCCACGGCAACCAGAUGCAGGGCGUGGUUGGUGAGACGUACAACCGCAUGCUGGCUGGCGAUGCCAUCAACGACCCCAGCCACCCGCUCUUCCUGGCCGAUGACUAUACCUUCCAGGGCAAGGGCAGGGAGCAUCACUAUGCAGUGGACGAGUACUUUGGUGAGCACCACUACAGCCUCUUUGGCAGGGAUGCCUCGGAACAGGCGCCGGCAGAGCAUAAGCGGCUGCUGAGCGAGGGCGCGUCUGACAUGGCGUUCCCUCUCACCGCCUCCGGCCGCGCCGCCUGGAUUGAGCAGGCCCUGCUGCAGCGGAAGGUGACGCUGCAUGCCAGUGGCGGCCGCAAGGGUCUCUUCUAG